AUGGAUGACAAAAAAAAUCAACACAAGCCUGUUAAGUCAGUUGAUUCUUUUAAGAAUUUGAUUGGUUUGGAAAAUGAUGUUUUUUGGGAAAAAGGAGACAUCAAAUGUGCUGAAUCUUCUGAUUCUGAUCCUUGGAUUGAUAGUUCUAGUUCUUCUGAUGAUUCAGAUAUAGUGGAAUCAGAAUGGUUUGCUAAUGAUGGGCCAAUUGAUGCUAAGCCCAAAUAUGAUUUUGAAGUUAAGCUCAUUACUCAGCCCAAAUUUGAUUUUGAGGUUAAGCCCAUUACCACAGUUGGGCCCAAGUGUGAUUUGGAAGCUACGCCCAUUGAGUUAGUUGGGCCCAAGUAUGAUUUUGAAUCAAAGCCCAUCAAGUCACUUGAGCCCAAGUGUGAUUUUACAAGGCAAAAUGAAGAAAAUAAGCCUGUGUGGACAUCUAAUAUUAUGUUAAAAACUUACAAGGGUGCUGGACUACUCAACUUAGGGAACACAUGCUUUCUGAAUGCGGUAUUGCAAUGUUUCAUGCACACGGUGCCAUUGUUUGACAUCCUUCUGCAUACUCAUGUAGUGCCAUGUGAUCGUUUCUGUUUAAUCUGCGUUUUCAAAGAGCUUAUUGGCUUUUCAUUGGCUUAUGAGGCUUAUGAGGGUCGUUCUAUCUCACCGUGGAGAUUUGUUGAGAAUUUGAGUUGUAUCCUUGCUCAUUUUGUGGUCCUUAAUGUUGUGAAAAUAUCAGAUUUUUCAUCUGGUUUCCAUAAGUAUCAGCAAGAAGAUGCUCACGAAUUCUUGCAAUACUUUCUCAAUAGGCUUGAAAGCCGAUGCAGUGACGUUGUCCAACAAGUUUUUGGCGGCCGGCUUGUCAGCAAGGUUCGCUGUUGCAACUGCGGCCACUUCUCGAACACUUACGAGCCUCUCAUAGACGUGAGUCUGGAGAUCAAAAAUGCCAACAGCUUGCAUUCAGCGUUGGAGUCUUUCACUCGAGUUGAGAAGCUUGACGAUCCAGAGAUCAAGUAUACUUGUGAAAGAUGUAAGGCGCAAGUGUCAAUUGAGAAGAAGUUGAUGAUAGAUUCCGCCCCCUCCGUUGCUGUCUUUCAUUUGAAGAGAUUCCAGAAUGAUGGUUCAGUUGUGUGGAAGGUUGACAAGCAUGUCUCCUUUCCGCUGGAGCUGGACUUGCUUCCUUACACCGAUAACAACCAAACCAAUAAUGAACAAAUGAAGUACGAUCUUUAUGCAGUUAUAGUGCACGCCGGGUCUACAUCCA